AAACAGCUGAUCGCCCAGCAGCGAGGAAGAAGCAGAGCACCGUUGUGGAUUCGUGUUGUUUAUUUUAUAAUUCGAGUCAUUUAACAAAUUCCACUGUUCUUUUUUCUAAAUUUCUGAAUGAGACAGGAAUCACAAUGCUGUUGAACUGUACGAGGCUCCCACACCUUUGCACGACUCUCCGGGUCAGGCAAAACAGCCAAAUCAGGCUGUCCACAUCAUAUAAUCACCACCUGGGCAGGUGCCUCCACCAUCGAACCACCCGGUCGCUCCAACACAGCCUUGCGCCGCCGCCGACUCGCCACCAUAGCCACCUGCUCCCAACGCUCCGCAUGCCGUGGUGGUGCAUGCGCCGUGGAUUCGCACAGAGCAGCAAGUGGUUGGCCAGGAAUGCAAAGGCGGACGCACCAACCGCAGUUGGAGCCGGAAUCGUGCCCGCCCCCGUCAAAAUGGGCAGGUCCCAGUUCGGCCGCCUGCUCAGUCUGAGUAAAUCGGAGAAAUGGGUGCUGACAGCGGGCAUUGGCUGUCUGAUAGUCUCCUCGGCCAUCACCAUGUCGGUUCCCCUGUUCCUGGGCAAGGUCAUUGAUGUGGUCUUCAAUAAAUCGGGCAUGGACAGCGCAGCCAUGGCCAAGUUGGGCGAGUACUCGGUGCUCCUCUUCGGGAUCUUCGUGCUGGGCGGAUGCGCCAACUUCGCCCGCGUCCAUCUGUUUGGAAAUGCGUCUCUCCGCAUAGUGCGCAAUCUAAGAUCCCGGCUAUACAAGUCAAUGCUGAUGCAGGAGGUGGGUUGGUUCGAUACCAAGGGCACUGGGGAACUGAUAAACCGGCUGAGCAACGACACCUUGAUGGUGGGCACCUCGUUGAGCCAGAACGUAUCCGAUGGCCUGCGAUCUGUGGCCAUGAUUGGCGUCGGCACGGGCAUGAUGGUCUACACCUCCCCCCAGUUGGCCGCCAUGAGUGCCUUGGUGGUGCCCGCGAUGGCGGGCAUGGCCAUCGUGUACGGACGCUAUGUGAGGCGGAUCACCAAAGUGGAGCUGGACAAGUACGCGGAGAUAAUGAAGUUUGCGGAGGAGCGAUUUGGCAAUGUUAAAACGGUCAAGACCUUCUGCCGAGAGCAACAGGAAGUAGCUGCCUUCGAUGGCCACCUGGACGAAGCUCUGCAGAUUGGCUACAAGGAGACACGUGCCAGAGCUAUUUUCUUUGGACUGACUGGCUUCUGUGGCAACUUCAUCAUUAUAUCAGUGCUGUACUAUGGAGGCACCUUGGUUUUACAAGACUCGCUGACGAUUGGAGCCCUCACGGCCUUCAUGCUCUACGCCGGCUAUGUGGCCAUCUCGAUGAAUGGGCUGUCCAACUUCUACAGCCAGCUGAACAAAGGCAUUGGGGCCGCGGAGCGCAUUUGGGAGAUCUUGGACAGGGAGUGCUCGAUACCCAUUGACAAAGGUAUCGUGCCGCUGGAGAAGCCGGUGGGCGAAGUGGGAUUUCAGAAUGUGUUCUUUACGUUUCCAACGCGUCCUGAAUCGGCCGUCCUCGCCGACUUUUCGCUAAAUUUGAUGCCGGGAACAACCACGGCGGUAGUGGGUCGUUCAGGAUCUGGGAAGACGACGAUAGCUCUGCUGAUGCUCCGACUCUAUGAUCCCCAAGGGGGCUCGGUGCUGUUGGAUGGCAUUGAUUUGCGAACGGUGAAUCCGCAGUGGCUGCGAAACAACAUUGGUGCUGUCAGUCAGGAGCCGGUGCUCUUUUCGAGCUCCAUUCGAGAGAACAUCCUGUACGGCGCUAAUCCUGGCGAAACACCCAGCCCGGAACGACUGCAGCAGGUUGUUGAAGACGCCAAUGUUAGCCAGUUCACCGACCAACUGCCCGAUGGACUGGACACGCUCGUCGGCCAACGGGGAAUGAUGCUUAGUGGCGGGCAGAAGCAACGCGUGGCCAUUGCCAGGGCUCUAAUUAAGAACCCCGCUAUCCUGAUUCUGGAUGAAGCCACAAGUGCGUUAGACGCCGUUUCGGAGAACCUGGUGCAGAAUGCCCUAGACAACCUAAUCCAGGGACGCACCGUGCUGACCAUUGCCCAUCGGCUCAGUACAAUACGGAAUGCAGAUCAAAUCGCCGUUCUGAGCGAGGGAAAGAUUGUGGAGCAGGGCAGCUACAACGAGCUCAUGGGCGUCCAGGAGGGCGUCUUCCGGGAACUGGUGGCCAGCCAAGCAUUCGGCAGCCGAAAUUAAGAGAUACGUGGGUGUGGAAUUUAAGUUAAGGCGGACUAAACGACGUUAAGUUAGAAGUAGGCCCACUGUUGCUAUGUGGCGGCCCUGCUAGUGCUAUUGUUACCGGGAUAUGUGUUCAUAAUUCAACUGUUUUUAGCUCUUUGUAAAAUAUACACCGUUGACCUCAAAGGA